GGAAGACAGAAGCUUACAAUCGCGAUUCGACAAUGUUGAGGUCUGGAAAAUGGGAAUCGUUACAAAAUAGUAAGACCCAUGCGCAAUUCCCAAGGCGAUGCUGAAUGAGUUGGACAAAUCACCGCCGCAAAUUGAAGAUUUAGUGCAAGUAAUUGAAAGUAGCUUUCAAGAGGACGACGAAGGAGCUCAAGCAGAGCUGAAAGCACAUCGCCGUUGCGCUCAAGAGAGCCAUCUUCGCUCGGAUUGAUAGCUCGGAUCAUAUCCCCGACGAGGUCGCUAAUACCACCUUUCGCGGUUAUUGUCUGUUUACCCGCUUAGCAAUCACUUAAUACGGGGUUUACUGCGGUGCGUUGAACGCAAGGGCUGAACAGGUUACCGCGUUGUAUCAUGAAAUGCCUUGUAAACUAAUUCAGAUAACAAGAUGUCAAAGUUUGUAAUCAAUGCAACACCCGGGAGCUGCAUAAAAGUCUCUUCGUAGUCUCUUCGCAUGCGCAUCUCACCCAGUGUUUCGCAUGCCCAAUGCACCAGAUCACUGAUUUCUGCUCGGCACUGAAAUAAUCAUGGGCGAGGAUUCGGUUGGCGGACCGUCAACUCGUUUCACAUGACCAUUGAGUUGUGAUGCAGCAUCAGUUGUGAUCCAUAAGAUUGAGUACAACCCUUCUCGCGGUAUAAUCAUUUUGACACAGCAUGGCUCAACCGGUGCGCGGUGGGGUUGGACACGGCCAUGCCUGCGAUGCUUUUCUUGAAUUCAAAUAUUGUGCAGCUCAUUUUUUUUUUAUUUUUUAUUUCUGUUCGUAACUAGUGCAUCGGAGUAUUUGCGCAGUCGCUCUUGCAAUCCAUGUAGAUGGCGUACAUGUAAGAAUCGUCUUUGUUUCCGUCGAGCUUUCAAUUUUCUUUUCUUGAGAGUUACGGUAGAUGUUUGAUUUGAUGUGGACGUCAGUUUUGGUGUCAUGAACUUGUGUUGAUGGUACAGUCAUACAGUGGAGGAAUGUUAACAGGCUGAAGUUCAUUGCAUAUAAAGGAAUUCGAGGAACAUGAUUGACGUGCUCAUUUGAAUUGGCAGGUGAAUGACAAUCUAACAGUGAGUUGAUGCGAUGGAGUGUCUGAAAUUUGGAGCUAUCCGUGAUUUGGAUCAGUGUACUCUUAUUGCUGGUCAGGGAUAGUUGUUUACUUUCUCGGGUUGUGGUACAUUGUGUGCUUAUCGCUGCAACCUACUCCACCUCCUCGAGUCGUUCUAGUCUCCAUCGUCUUUGCACUAUUGUUCAAGCAUCAUCAGAUGACUAUUGGGGCGGAGCCCUCAGUGGAAAUGGCUUCCCAGCCACACGUGGUGGUUAUGCCAUUCCCAUCGAAAGGGCACAGCACACCGUUUCUCCAUUUUGCAGCUAAACUGACUGCCCUUGGAGUCACCAUCACGUUUGUCAAUUCCUACGAACACGUUCAGCCACAGGAUUUCCAAAGCAUUGGGGGUCUUGAACAAAUGAAGGUAGUGAAAAUCGGCGGUCCUGUUCUACCGGGAGACGAUAUUGCAAAACCGCUACCCAUGAUGGCUGCCUCGGAGCGGAUCACCCAAGAUCUCGAGGAUCUUUUAGAGAAACUUGUCUAUACUCCCGGCCUUCCGAGACCUGCCGCUCUUAUAUGUGAUGUGUUUUUCGGUUGGACGCAGGAUGUUGCUGAUAAAUUCAAAAUCCCUAAGUACUUGCUCUUCACAUCUCCCUCCUCCUUGUUGGCGCUAAUGUCCUAUGUGCCCACAUUACUAAAGCUGGGGCGUUUGCCAGUUGGGUUCGAACCUUUUUCUGACAUCCCUGGAGUAGCGUCACUGAAGGCAGCAGAGAUGCCUUCCAUGAUGCUGGAUCACAAGUCCAUUCCUGAGGCAUACGCUUUCUUCCUUCGACAUUGCGAUCGUCUACCCGACGCCCGUGGUGUCCUCGUCAAUACUUUCGAGGAUCUGGAACACAGAACGCUCGAAUGCAUCCGUGAGCGAAUAUAUGGUGAAACUUCACGUUUGGGAAAGCGCAGUGUUUUGACGAUUGGUCCUCUCCUUCCAGCAGUGUACUUCGAAGACAAUUCGAAGGUCUCAGAAUCCAACCAGGAAGAUACAGCCGAGUAUCUAAAGUGGCUUGACUUACAACCUGAGCAUUCUGUACUCGUGAUAUCAUUCGGUAGUUUUUCAAGUUUGCGCGCUAACCAGGUCACAGCCUUGGCGAAUGGGCUUCUCGAAAGUGGGCAGACGUUUUUGUAUGUAUGCAGGCCUCCGGCGGCAGUCGAUGGUUCUAAACCGAUUGAUUCCACGCUGAAGCCAUUACAGUACCUACCUGAAGACUACGAGGAGAGAAUCAAGGGUCAAGGAGUUAUUGUGCCUGGCUGGAUACAUCAGCUUGGUGUACUGUCACAUCCAGCAGUGGGAGGAUUCCUUACUCAUUGUGGGUGGAAUUCUAUUCUGGAAAGUUUGUGCAGGGGUGUGCCUUUACUGGCAUGGCCUCUUCAUGGAGAACAGCGAAUGAAUAAAAGCAGAUUUGUUGUGGAUGAGGCAAAGGUUGCACUUGAGUUUACGAUGGGCCCGAAUGGUAUUGUGGAAGCAGAGGAGAUUGCUAAAGUAGUGAAGGAGCUUUUUGUGAGCGAGAAGGGCAACAUGGUGCGAGUUCAAGCUCACCAGUGGAAAACUCUAUCUGCGAAGGCUGUAGCACCUGGUGGUUCGUCCGCAUCAAACUUACAACGAUUUGUUGAUGAAAUCUUUGCUCCGCUAAAUUCAACGCAUUAGAUGCAUCAUUUACAUCGUCUAGCCUUCCUUUGAGUCAAUUCAAUUACGGCUUGAAAUGCAUUAUCUGUGUACUGGUGGAAUCAAUUUAGACUUGAGGUCUAGUCUGUAUGCAGGUUCAGCUGUAAUUAAUGAAGCAAAUUUUUAGUAAUCUUCACAAAAUUGAUGACAUGAUAUUCAGCA